UGCGUGGAAACUGAGAGGUCUGUCCGGAGGUGCGAGCAGGGCGAGGCGCGGCGAGGCGCUGGAGCGGCGCUGAGGUAGCACAGCCCGGGGAAACGAGGCGGCGGCAGCGGCCAACGCAGCCCUGCAACUUCCACCGAGCCGCGAGGAGCCGCCGCGGACAUGCUUGGUAGUUGUAGGGGAGGUUGAUGUAUCUUCUAGAUACCCUCCCCACAAGGUGGCACUCUGAAGGGAGUAUGCCCCCGUCUCACCAUGCCGCCAUCCUACUGGCUGCUCCGGCACUCUGUGGUCAUGUGCUUGUUGCUACACAGCCUGGUGCUGAUGACACUAUGUUUCCACCAUGCAGCUACGUCCUGCUCGAAGCGUUGCUAUUGCUCUGAAAGCGAGGGUCCAGCUGGGGGCAAGACCAUGCGCUGCAGUAACCUACGCCUCACUGAGAUCCCACAGGACAUCCCCAAUGACACACGCCGCCUGUAUCUGGACUACAACCUGCUGACCAGCAUCCCUUCUAAUGCCUUCCAGGACCUUCCAUUGCUGGCUGAGCUUGAUCUGUCCCACAACGAUCUGGCUGUGCUUGAGCCAGGAGCCUUCCGAGGCCUAGGUGCCUCCCUGCAAUUCCUGGACCUGUCCUCCAACCAGCUGUCUACACUGGACCCUGAAGCUUUUGAAGGCUUGAGGGCUCGAUCAAAUCUAACAGGCAACCCCUGGCACUGUGACUGCAGGCUGCAGACAGCCCUUCCACGCCUUGAUUUGGAGCCUGUGUCUCUUACCGGCAUCGUUUGCCAGACUUCUGAGCCUGAGGACUCCGGUGCCCAAGGUGUGCCCUUCCUGCUGGCCAAAGACCUGGACUUGUGUGUGGUGCUGAAAAAGACCACGGACGUGGCCAUGCUAGUGACCAUGUUUGGCUGGUUCACUAUGGUCAUAUCCUACCUGGUCUACUAUGUGCGGCACAACCAGGAGGAUGCCAGGCGCCACCUGGAGUAUCUCAAGUCUCUGCCCAGCAGGCAGGGCAAGUCUGAGGAGUCUUCCACCAUCAGCACUGUGGUUUGACAGCAGACCACAUGCUCGUCACUACAAGGAGGAAGCUCCUCAGGCACCCAAAGGGCAAUGGGCACAUUCAGCAAAUAAGUGCACUAGGCACUAAAGUCUGGCCAGUACGGGAAGCCUACCCAUAAGCAGAUUAAAGUCUGUGGAAAGGAUAUGUUUGGUGGCCUGCUGAUGCUCUUACUCAGUCUUCAAAGUUCAGUCAAUCUUUGCAGAUCAGUCAAAGCAACCAGGCUCAACGACUGGAUGAGGAAGAAGAACUAGAGAAACUUCAGCUGUUAGUCAUCCAUCUCAGGCUCAAGGGUAAAGACGAUUCUCUUGGGGGAUCUACAGGCCAGUGUGCAAGGCCUCCUCCAGAGCUUGCACUGCAGCAGAGGAAUUGCAGGGGCCAUCUAAUCUCAUCUAGCUAAAUAAUUGAUCCAGGAGCAGCCAACCUCUGAGUCCACGUUAGCUGAGUGGUCUGUCUGCACUGGACGCUUUUAAAGGAGGGGUUGUUGUUUCUUUCCUCGUCAACCCAGCAAUCUUUUUUUGGAAAGGUCCCCAUUUAGUUACAGGAGCAUGUAGCAUAAAGCACUCUCUUUCUUCCUUCAGGGUAUUAACAAGAGAAGUCCUGGUGUAUAUCUCUGCAGACUGCGUCAAAGCCUACACCAGAGCCACACAUGAACUUGCACAUCAGUCAUUUCUAAGGUGUUCUGUAUAAAUGCCUAGCACCCUACUGUGCAAAAGUCCAGAAACUUUAUCUUUUUUUACAGUAUUUUGUUCUGAUGUGUAUUGUAAAGGUUUUAGAAAGAAAGAUAUGUAAGUACUUUCUUUGUCCUGAGUCACAAUCCCAACAAAGCUAGUGAUGAAACGUAA